AUGUCAGAGCAGAAGCCCACAGCUCCUGCAGACAAGAACCUCAAACAGGAUGCAAGUACCCCCAAUAAUAAUACUAUGCCCCUUCCACUUAUCACGCAGACUGAUUCACGGGACAAGUGGAGCAAGAAAAUGGACUUUCUGCUGUCUGUCAUUGGAUUUGCUGUUGACUUGGGAAAUGUAUGGCGGUUCCCAUAUAUAUGUUAUCAGAAUGGUGGCGGAGCAUUCCUGAUUCCAUACACGAUUAUGGCAAUUUUUGGAGGGGUUCCUCUAUUCUACAUGGAGUUAGCCCUGGGACAAUUUCACCGAACAGGCGCAAUAUCCAUAUGGAAACGAAUCUGCCCAAUCUUUAAAGGAAUUGGUUUUGCUAUAUGCAUUAUUGGCCUGUAUGUUUCAUUCUACUACAAUACCAUCAUAGCUUGGGCAUUGUUUUAUUUCUACUCCUCCUUUUCUGCCACUCUGCCGUGGACAAGUUGUGACAACCCCUGGAAUACACCCAACUGCACCAGUUACUUUGGAAAGAUUAAUAUAACCUGGACCAAUUUCUCCAAAUCCCCAGCUGAAGAGUUUUACACAAGGAAAGUGUUGGGCAUCAAUGAGGCAGAUGGACUAGAUGAUGUUGGAGGCUUACGCUGGGAGUUACUUCUCUGUUUGUUCAUCAUCUUUACUAUAGUUUACUUUAGUUUGUGGAAAGGAGUUAAAACAUCUGGAAAGGUGGUAUGGGUGACAGCAACCCUUCCCUAUGUGGUCCUACUCAUAUUACUGAUAAGAGGUGUCACCCUGCCUGGAGCAUGGAGAGGGAUUCUAUUCUACCUGAGACCCAACUGGGAGAAGCUGACAGACACUGCGGUGUGGGUGGAUGCUGCAGCUCAGAUAUUUUUCUCUCUUGGACCAGGAUUCGGAGUUCUCUUAGCCCUGGCGAGUUACAACCCUUUCGACAAUAACUGUUACAGAGAUGCAAUUAUCACCAGUGUGGUGAACUGUCUGACCAGCUUCCUGUCUGGUUUUGUGAUUUUCACAGUACUGGGUUACAUGGCUGAGAUGCGUGAUGUGGAAGUUGAAGAUGUUGCAAAGGAUAAAGGUCCCAGCCUCCUCUUCAUAACAUACCCCGAAGCCAUUGCUAACAUGGUGGGCUCUACAUUUUUUGCCAUUAUAUUUUUCCUAAUGAUGAUAACCCUCGGUCUGGAUAGUACAUUUGGAGGACUUGAAGCUGUAAUCACAGCAGUUAUGGAUGAAUACCCACAUAUUCUAUCUAAGAGGAGAGAACUAUUUGUCCUUGGCUUGGUCACCAUCUGCUUCACUGGCUCCCUCAGCACAUUGACCCAGGGUGGCGCAUACGUUGUAAAACUGCUGGAGGAGUUUGGAGCUGGCUGUUCUAUCAUUGCAGUUGUGUUUUUAGAAGCUAUUGCUGUAUCGUGGUUUUAUGGAAUACAGAGGUUCUGUAAUGAUGUGAAGUCUAUGUUAGGCUUUUCUCCUGGUAUAUAUUGGAGGAUCUGCUGGGUAGCAAUAAGCCCGGCAUUUUUAGCAUUUAUCAUAGUCAGCUCUCUUCUGGAUCAGCCACCUCUGAUGCUGUUUGACUACCAUUAUUCUGAAUGGACCAUAUCAGUUGGGUACCUUAUUGGAGCAUCAUCCUUUAUUUGGAUUCCAGUCUAUAUGGUAUACAAGCUAGUAUGGACCCCAGGAUCUCUUAAACAGAGAUUGGCUGUCUGCAUUCGACCAGAGAAGUCAGUGAGGGACCAGUCUGAUUCUGUGUGCAUGGCACCCGGCCCAUAG